UCACUUACUCUCAAGACACUGUCCAGAUGUCGUCUCAGUCAUCGUGCAUUUUCUGCACAAUCGUCAAGGGUAUCUUCAAGCUUCUUGAAACCGAAACUAUGCUUGCGUUCAUGGAUAUUGGUCCCAUCGCGAGGGGGCACUGCCUUGUGAUUCCGAAGUACCACGCGGCCAAGCUAUCCGACCUCCCAGACCAUCAGAUGGGCGACAUCCUCCCUGCGCUCGCGAAGAUAGCCUCAGCCUCAGGUAACGAGAACUACAACAUUCUUCAAAACAAUGGCCGUCCCGCUCAUCAGGAGGUUGAUCAUGUCCACUUUCACUACAUUCCCAAGCCCGCCGACGCCGGCGAUAAGGCGGGUCUCGUCGUUGGUUGGCCUAUCCAAGGGCUAUCUCAAGAGGAGAUACGGACGUCAUACGAUGAGCUCAAGCGUAAGCUUUGAAGGCUCCGGAUGGACAGUACGGCGAUGCGUAGCAAGAUAUGUGACAUGAGAGCCAACGAAGAGCGUUGACACCGAUGCAUCCGUCUCCUUUGCCAUGUCAGACCAAACGCCAGAACAUC